AUGCAAACAGAUGCUUCCGUCGUAGCUGAUGAAUCUCGGAAGAGGUUUUCGGGAAUCAACGUUCCAUCCUCUAUAAUUUUAUCUCCCGAAGCAACGUGGACUAGAGCAUCCAUUAGAGAGAUCAAGAUUAGACAAGCAGAUAUGCAUUAUCGGGCUCGGCUUGCCAGCAAAACGGAGGAUGGAUCCUGGACGAUUCAAAGAGCAAAGCCAAGUCUUGGUUCUGUCAUAAUUCCUUCUUACAAGGGUAUCGGUGCGGAAGCAUCUGAAGCUUUCAAGUUUAUCCAGGAGCGGGUAGAAGAGAAGAAUCAAGAAUUCCAGAAACAAGGCUCUGAAUUGAUGCUUAGGGCAGAUCAACCUCUGUCGGAGCUCAAUGGUCGACGUAAAAUUGAGGAAUUCACAACCGCGACUUUGGCGCUUGAACAGGCAGUCGCACGGGCAGCAUCAGCACCAGAAUCUGGUCUUGGUUCACUAUCUGAUAGGAUUGGUGAUAAUUGUUAUUUUGCCCUCUGUGGAGGUCAAACGUUCAGGGAAGGGUUUCCCGAUCUAGUAAGUGAAGCUGGGACUCUAGACUGGCGAACGUAUGAGUCGCAACUCUCGCAAGCUGUUUUAGAUGGAUAUCCCCAAUCUCGAAUCGCACCAGUGAAGAACGAUCCCUCAUCCAGCUCAGCUGUCUCUCAAGCGGGACACUACUAA